AUGGAGGAUUACUGCGAUCGUGACCACCACUGCGCGCCGCGGAGGGGUGUCGGCACAGAGUGUGACCUCUCGGUGCAGUGUCUCGGCGGAGCCUGCCGCGAUGGGCGCUGCAAACUGGACCGCUGCCCCGAGCCCGGCUCGACACAGGACUGCGACCCAGGGCAGUUCUGCGCCUCGGGUCCGACGGGAAAUGCGUGCCGUCCGCAGUUGCGGGACGGUGACAUGUGCGGCAGUGACGCGCACUGCCUGUCGCACCUCUGCGAUUGGGGACGCUGCGUCCGACACGAGUGCAGGAAGCCGUUUGGUGUCGGGCAAUGUCUGCAUCACCAGUUCUGCGAGCCGACACUGCGCGGUAACGUCUGCUCCGAGAGACUGGCGCGCGGCGCGCGGUGCGACUCCGACCAGGCGUGUCAGUCCGGUGCCUGUCGCUCGGGACUCUGCUUCAGCGACCAGUGUCCGCAGCCAAUGACUGAGCUCGGCUGCGGACCGCUCGAGUACUGCUCCCGAGACCUAGGCGCCAACACCUCCACCGGUGCCACGUUCGUCAGUAACAUCGGUGAUGUCGCCAACACGACUACCGAACGGAAUGGGAUGUGA